UUUAUUUGUUUAUUUUUAGGUUAUUAUCAUCAUGGAUAAGGCCCAACAAGUACAUACCAUUCGGAAAAAAUAUACAACCGGCAAAGCAAUAUGGACGCGUUUGGAACAGGAAUGGGAAGCAGAAAACAAUUUAGCAACAGCUUCUAUAUCGACUUCAAGCCAGGAAGUUCAUGGUCAACCGGAUAUAUCAAACGUAUGCUUUGAUGAAGAUCCAUCAAUUGAAUGGUUGGAAGAUGAUGAGGACGUCCGUAUCUACCGCCUUUGCAUAUCUCAACCUGAUGUGUUGAAUGACUCCCAUGAUGAGGAACAAUUUGUUGAAUGGUUGGAAGAAGAAGAGGACGGUCACAGCUGCCACCAAAUGUCGGACGAAAGUGACAUUGAAGAUCAGGAUGAGUGUUAA